AUGACACAUAGAAAAAUAUCUACGAGUAAUUCGGAAAAUGUUUUAACUUAUAAAACCAGUGAUAAACCUAUUGGUAGACACCGAAGCUCUACGUUAUUCCCCUUACCAUCUUGGCAUGAUCACAAAGAGAACGAUGAGAAUAAAAGGAAUGGUCUGUCCCGGGCAUAUAGUGUCUCUUCUGAGAUUAUUCCCCAGACAUUAACGCACCCAGAUGACGACAUGUUAUCUAUCAAGAAGGUAAGAUCCCCUGUAGAGAUGCAUCCAUCAAGGUGGUCUCAUGUUGGCUUUCAAUCUAUAUUUCAAGGACAAAAUUUUAAAAAGUCAGCAAGUAGUAUCAAUUCUGAAAAUUCAUUAGAGGAGAAAUUCCCAUUUACGAAUCUUCGAAAUUCUAAUUCCUUUGAUAAUAGAAGUAGAUUGAGUGAGGAUAAAAUUAUAGAGGAAAACGAUGAUGACCUGUCAGAUGACAGUUUGUUUACGACAUUAUCAGGGAAGAAGGAGAGGAGAACAAGAGGUUCUGGAUCUGUUUUAAACAAUUCGAUAUCUGAUACUAAGAGUUCAAGUAGCAAAGACAAAAAUACACGACUUUUUAAAACGAACACAAAUAAAAGUAAUUCCAGCUUACCUAAUUCGUUAACGAAUUCAUUAAUACCAAAGAAGAAGAACCAGUUUUUAAGUGUGACGAGAAAAUUAUUUCAUACAAAAAAUUCAAGACAUAUCAAGGAUAGCGUAGAUCCUGCUCUUCCAAAUCCAUGGAGUCAAUUUUUACAUUCAUCUUAUAUAAAACAUAGGUCACCUGUUCAAUUUAUCCAUACUACGACGGGUGGGAUAAUGGAUUCCGGUAGAUCCGUUUAUUCAUUUAAUCCAUCAGUUCCGAAUAAUACCAACGAUGUAGCUUUAGCGAUAACUCAACAAGAAGAUAGUUUUGAUUCUGCAAAUAUUGCAAUUUUACAUGAUUUAUUGAAGACAUUACCUUCUUUGGAGGACAAUUAUAAAAACUUCUCCACGCGUGAAUUACAGGUCCUAUCUGGAAACGUAUGGGGAAUAUACUGUUCUAUAGUGGUUGAAUUAUUUAAAAAUCAGCAUUUAUGGGAACUUCCUGCCAAAAUAGAAGAUAUUAACAAACUUUUUGAGUUCUAUACAGUACUGAAGACAGAGUCCAAGGUCGCAGCACAUCAUAGCAAAUUUAUUAACGAGAUUGAGGAGUUUAUUACAACUUCGUUAUUUGUUUUCGAAAAUCAGAUUGUCUUUAAUUAUACAAACGAAAAUGCAAUGAAUACUGCUUUAAAACGACUGGGUAUUAUAUGGCAAGUAUUCUAUCAACAAGUUUACCGCGAUGUUAUUACCGUAUUACUACCCUUAGAAGAAAGCUUUAAGAAUAAUCAAAAGUACUGGUCGGACAGUGUUUACAUGGGCGAGUAUGUGGAAAACAUGUUAAGUGUUGAUUACUUGUUAUUGAAAUGUUUCCGUAACUCUAUUGUUCUUCCUUAUUAUCAAAACUUUGUCCACAGUCAUGACGGUGCAAGUAAUAGUUUUAGGACAUAUAUACUAAACGAAGAAGAUGAAAAUGAUGUUACAGAGAUGGAUAAAUUGACAUUAUUACAGUGUUUUGGUGUUUUAUCAACAAUUCAGAGCAAUGAUAGAUCACAACAAAUUAUUGAGGAGUUACUGGGUGGGGUACGCAUGAGUAUAUAA